AUGAUUUUGCGCCGUGGCGGUGCGGAGGCCGUAAGACAGGAGCUGGAGCUUGAGAUGAUGAGGAUUGCCGAACGCAAUCUUGGAAGGGAUGAUAGGUACGUUUGA